AUGUCUCAAAACCAAGCCGACUCCAUCAUCUACGACAACGAGGUUGAAAACGCUAUCGACCAUGACCCCAUCGAUAUCGAAGCCGCUCACCAACGUUAUCGAGAUGAUCGUAUCCUUCCACCAUCUACAAUCCAGGAUUCAGAUACUGUGCAAGGCGAACGCUUCUUCAAGCAUCAAAAACGUGGUGAAGUUUGUGUCGUACAAGUCAAACGAAGCUGUUGGAAGCAAUGGGUCAAUGACCUCGACAAGGUUAUCCAUGUCAAGUGGAUUCACAAGAACGAUUAUCUUCUUGAGGCUCAACGCCAGAGAUCGAUGAAAGAAGCUCGGUCAGCUUGUUCUGGUAGCCGCUCUCAAAGCAAGAAACGUAAAGUUGACAAGUUGUUGGUGUCACAAGUGUAUGAAUGCAAUCGUAGUGGCAAGCCUCAAGAACGCAAGGAUCAGCCAAAGAAGAAUGAGCGAACUUCACUCAUUGAGUCCAAAAAAGUGGAGUGUACCGCCAAGUUAUGGGUGACAUGCAAAGAAAGUAAUCCCGAAUGGGUAUCCAUCAUGUACAACACACAUCAUCAGAAUCAUCAACCAGGUUCCAUGGAGGAUAUUCGAUACAUGCCUAAAUCCCAAGAGCUCGUCGAUGCUAUUGUGCAAAGGCUUUCAGAAGGGCAGACCGUGCGUGCUGUAAGGGAUUACUUUCGACGUUUUCCUAUAACACAAGACUUGAAAAGCCGAGAUGCGUACAUUAUCACGGACGAUGUGUAUAACGAAUUCAUCAAGUUGCAGAGCCAGGCUGCACAUCGACACAACGAUGAACAUGAGUCGGCUAAGGUGUGGGUCAAAGAGCUCACAGACAACGGGCAUUUUGCCUACUACAGUGAAUUGGACGACAACAAGUUUGCUGUAUGCAUCUCGACAAAGUGGCAACGGGGGUUCUUUGCUGAAGCUCGUGGUGUAUGCCUUGAUGCUACUCAUGAUGUCACUGGCAAGAAUGUGAUCAUGUAUACCAUCGUCACCCAACAUCAAGACACAUGGCGUGGUUUUCCCAUAGCUUACCUCAUCACGGACUCUCAAGCCUCUCCUGUACUUACCUCAUGGCUCCAAAACCUGCGUCAAAAAGGGCUGAAGCCGAAAUCCGUAACCAUCGACUGCAGCUUGGCAGAGGAUAAAGCCUUGCGGGAUGCAUGGGCAAUCGCGUCAAUAUCAAGUUUUGCGCCUGGCAUGUAG